AUGAAAACAGGGUUUUUACGAAUCGGAAGAUAUACUUUAUCAAACCGCGAUGGUUAUUUCCAGGUCAUUGGUAAGCGAUAUGCAAAUACAGACCAACUAUUCUUGAAUAUUACUCAUCACUGUGUUCCAGUUACAAAACGGAAAAAGUAUCGCUAUUGCUUUACUACUACAAAGCAUAAAAUUCAUGGGGACACAAAGAACGUUCGCUAUGAAAUAGAAGAAAUUGCUUUAGAACAUCAAAUCUAUCAGGAAUCUGUACAUUGCCGUGAUUGGCCAUAUGAAUAUCCACAGUUUGUCAAAGAUUAUAUAAAAAGGGAAUCUGAAAUGAAAACAGAUUCAGAUGAAUUAUAA